UGGUGAAUUCUCGAGUUUAAAUUUCAGUCAAAUACUAUUUGUAACCUAAAAAAGACAAAAGAAUGUUAGUGAUAUAAGGCAAGUUUGGCAAGUUUUCUUACUACUUUCUCUUCCAGACUACUAGAUAAGCAUGGGUUUGGGAAACUUUUGUUCAUUUUUCUACUUCUCAGCCACCAUUUUCAUCCAGUUCCUAUGUCUGACUGAUCGUGGACUUGGUGGGAAUGAGACAGACCGGUUAGCUUUGCUUGAAUUCAAAACCAAGAUAACUCAUGACCCUCUUGGAAUUAUGAGCUCAUGGAAUGAUUCCAUCAACUUUUGCCAGUGGCAAGGUGUUACUUGUGGCCACAGACACCAAAGAGUCACUUCACUGAAUCUCAUGUCUCUGCAGCUUGCAGGCUCCAUAUCACCGCAUGUUGGAAAUUUGAGCUUUUUAAGAGAUUUGCGUCUGGACAACAAUAGCUUCACUCGAGACAUCCCUUCUGAAAUUGGUCGUCUUAGCAGACUGCAGUAUCUCUAUCUACCCAAUAAUUCGCUUGGCGGUACAAUACCAUCGAAUUUAUCCAGAUGCUCUAACCUUAUAAAAUUUCAAGUUGCAAACAACCAGCUUGUUGGAGAAAUACCUAUGGAGAUUGGCUCCCUUUCAAAGCUCAAACUUUUUACAGUGAUUCAUAACAACAUGACAGGAUUGAUCCCAGCUUCUCUUGGAAACUUAUCAUCCCUUGAGAUACUUGCUGCAGGCGAGAAUUACUUCAGUGGGAGUAUUCCCAAUGCUCUAGGCAGACUAACGACUCUUAAGAAGCUUUUCCUGUAUAUGAACACAUUUUCUGGCAAAAUCCCGUCUUCAAUCUUCAAUCUCUCCUCUCUGACAUCUUUAUAUUUAGGAAUCAACCCAUUUUUUCCUGGCAGUCUUCCCUCUGAUCUAGGAAUCUCACUGCCAAAUCUUCAAAAUCUCGGAAUGUUCCAAGCCCAGUUGAUAGGAUCCAUUCCAUCAUCUUUAUCCAAUGCUUCAAAUUUAGAAACAAUCCAACUGCAAUUGAACAGCCUUACCGGUCAGGUGCCUGCCUUUGAGAACUCACUUGGGCUUCUAUACUUUUCUAUCCAAUUCAACUCUCUUGGGAGUGGGGGAGCCGGAGAUUUGAGUUUCCUCUCCUCCUUAACCAAUGCCACCAAUUUUCGAUAUUUGGCUGUGAACGAGAAUAAUUUUGGAGGGAUAUUGCCUCAACAAAUUAGCAACUUCUCAACUAAGGUUGAAACUAUGCUGUUUGAUGACAAUCAGAUAUUUGGAAACAUCCCAGCAGGUUUACAAAAUCUCAUCAACUUAAUCGACUUCAGGGCAGCAGGCAAUCGUCUCUCAGGUAACAUUCCAACUGUAAUUGGAGAACUUCAAAAUCUACGGAUGCUGAGUUUAAGUUUCAAUGAGUUUUCGGGGCAUAUUCCAGCUUCUGUUGGGAACUUAACCAAUUUAUAUGGAUUUUCUUUAGCAACCAACAAUCUUCAGGGAGACAUCCCCUCUAGUCUUGGAAACUGCCAAAAUUUGCAAAUAUUGGAUUUGUCUGAUAACAAUCUAAGUGGUUCCAUACCCGCAGAAGUUAUAGGCCUUUCUUCCUUGUCAACUUACCUAGACUUGUCUCAUAAUCGAUUGAGUGGUGUCCUUCCCAUACAAGUGGGAAAUCUGGAAAAUUUAAAUGUAUUCAAUGUAUCUGAGAACAUGUUGUCAGGGGAGAUUCCUAGCACUUUGGGUAGUUGUGUGAUGUUAGAUAUUCUAUUCAUGCAAGGCAACUUCUUCCAAGGAUCCAUUCCUUCAUCUUUGAGCUCACUGAGAGGCCUUCAAGAAUUAGAUAUCUCAAACAACAAUUUGUCAGGUGCAAUUCCAGAAUUUUUAGCGGAAUUGAACUCAUUACAAGUUUUGAAUCUAUCCUACAACAAUUUUGAGGGUGUUGUACCAGCAAGAGGAGUUUUCAAGAAUGCAAGUCGAACUUCAGUCACCGGAAACAGCAAGCUUUGUGGAGGAACACCUGAAUUUCAUCUCCCUGGAUGCAAGUUUAAGCACUCGAAAGGGAAACUGUCCCUUGCAUGGAAGAUAGUUAUAUCCACACUUUCUGGGUCGCUAUGCAUAGCUCUUGUGCUUUCUAGUUAUUUUCUAUGUUUAUCGAGAAAGAAAAGAAAUGAACCUGCUUCAAACUUCACAGAAAAUAUGCAUUUGAUGGUGUCUUACCAAAGCCUCUCAAAAGCUACGGAUGUUUUCUCCUCGGCUAAUUUGAUUGGAGCGGGUAGCUUUGGAUCUGUAUAUAAAGGAAUACUUGAUCAAGGUGGAAGGUUUAUUGCUGUCAAGGUGUUCACUCUUGUACGGCGUGGAGCUUCAAGAAGUUUUAUGGCUGAGUGUGAAGCUUUACGGAAUAUUAGACAUCGAAAUCUCAUCAAGAUACUAACUGUAUGCUCAGGUAUUGAUUAUCAGGGGAAUGAUUUCAAAGCUCUUGUCUAUGAGUUCAUGUCUAAUGGGAGCCUAGAGGAGUGGUUACAUCAUAAGCCAAUAGCACAAGAGACACCAAGGAGCUUAAAUUUGCUUCAGAGACUAAAUGUCGCCAUUGAUGUUGCUUGUGCACUGGAUUAUCUUCACCAUCAGUGUGAAACACCAAUAGUUCAUUGUGAUCUCAAGCCAAGCAAUGUUCUCCUGGACGAUGAUAUGACAGCACAUGUAGGUGAUUUUGGAUUGGCAAGAAUCCUUUCAGAAGCAACACAAGACUUGCCUGCUAGUCAAACAAGUUCAGUCGGAGUGAGGGGAACCGUUGGUUAUGCUGCUCCAGAAUAUGGGAUGGGAAGUGAAGUUUCAACAAGUGGUGAUGUGUACAGCUAUGGCAUCCUCUUAAUGGAGAUGUUCACAGGAAAGAAGCCGACCAAUGCCAUGUUCAAAGAAAGUUUGAACCUUCACAACUUUGUUUGCGCAGCUUUGCCAGAAAGAAUAACAGAGAUUAUGGAUCCAUUUCUGUUUCAAGAAAUAGAUAACUGGGAAAAUGGGAGCACAGGAAGCUGUAGAGUUCAGAACAGCUUAGUUUCUAUAUUGGAAAUUGGAGUUGCUUGCUCUGCAGAACUUCCACAAGAACGGAGGAAUAGCAGCAAUGUUACGGCAGAGCUGCAAUCAAUAAGAAACCGACUCCUUGGAGCUACAGGACAGAGAAUUAUUACACUGUAAUCACAUUGAAGUAAUUGAUCCGAUGGAUUAAUUUCUUUUUCAUUUGUAAGUUGUGAACAAGUAAAUUGUAUCCGUUACCAAUUAACAAACUGCAAUCCUCCUCUUUAUCCUUGCUCGAUUCCACCACCAAUUCCGCUAUUUCUCUCUCCUCUCAUACACGAACAAUACCGCCUCUCCUUGGCAGGCUGCCACCAGGGCACUAACUCAAACACAGACAAACCAAACCGAUUACGACGAAGUGGAGUGCUGAGCGAACCGACUGGCUAAUGAAGACGCCGCUGGUUCGU